AUGCGGCCUACUCUCUCGCUUCUGCAGAAUGCUCGGCUGACCCUUUACUCCCGCCUGAACUGUGGCCUAUGCGAGACCGCCAAACUCACCCUCAACAACCUCCGGCAGCGAAAGACUUUCGAGUACGCAGAGAUAGACGUGAUGGCCCCUGGGAACCAGCAGUGGAAGGACAUGUAUGAAUUCGAUGUUCCCGUUCUACACGUUGAGAAGACACUCCCCAAUGGCCAGCUGAGCGAUCCAAAGAAGCUUUUCCACCGGUUUACCGAAACAGAGGUUCAAAAGGCCAUUGAUGAAUGCUAG